CUUAAACAAAAUCGGACGUCUGAAACCAUUUAACAGUUGACUACCAUGGCGCUGGAUGUUAAGUCCCGAGCCAAACGUUAUGAAAAACUAGAUUUUCUGGGAGAGGGUCAGUUUGCCACAGUGUACAAAGCCAGGGAUAAGACCACUAACACUAUAGUCGCCAUCAAAAAGAUCAAGGUUGGACACAGAACAGAAGCCAAAGAUGGCAUCAACAGAACUGCCCUCAGGGAGAUCAAGCUGUUGCAGGAGUUGAGCCAUUCUAACAUUAUUGGGCUCCUGGAUGCCUUUGGGCAUAAAUCCAACAUCAGUCUAGUGUUUGAUUACAUGGAGACAGAUCUGGAGGUGAUAAUCAAGGACACCAGCCUGGUCCUGACUCCUGCCAACAUCAAGGCUUACAUCCUCAUGACCUUACAGGGCUUGGAAUACAUGCACCACCAUUGGGUUCUGCACAGAGAUCUGAAACCUAAUAACCUGUUGUUGGAUGAGAAUGGGGUCCUGAAGCUGGCUGACUUUGGCCUGGCUAAAGCCUUCGGCAGUCCUAACCGCGUCUACACUCAUCAGGUAGUCACCAGGUGGUAUCGUUCUCCGGAGCUCUUGUUUGGAGCCAGAAUGUAUGGAGUGGGUGUUGACAUGUGGGCAGUGGGCUGUAUCUUGGCAGAGCUGCUUCUACGGUUACCAUUCCUCGCUGGAGAUUCAGAUCUGGACCAGCUGACCAAGAUCUUUGAGGCUUUGGGAACUCCCACAGAGGACAGCUGGCCUGGAAUGAGCAGUUUGCCAGACUUUGUGUCUUUCAAGCUGUUUCCUGGUACUCCUCUGGAGCACAUCUUCAGUGCAGCAGGAGACGACCUCCUGGAGCUACUGCAGGGGCUGUUUACCUUCAACCCCUCCACACGCAUCACAGCCACCCAGGCAUUAAAGAUGAGGUACUUCAGUAACCGGCCAGGCCCCACUCCUGGCCACCAGCUCCCCCGACCCAACUCAUCCGCUGAGGCCUUCAAAGAGAAGGAGAACCUCACCAUCGGAGUGAAGAGGAAGCGAGACGGCCUGGAGCAGAGUGGGAUGAAGAAAAAACUGGUCUUCUGAAAACGAACAUGAGAGAGAGGGGCUCUGUUGACCAGAGGUCUGUUCCGGCCCAGAGGAACUCUGGAGAGCAGCUGCGUUAUAUAAGUUAUUCAGACAAGAACACAUAUGUAUUCUUUCAGCUGUGUGUGACUGACCAAUUAGCUGGUAACUUGGUUUCAGGGUAAUUCCUCAUUGAAACAGUGAUAUCUGUAAUCUCGAUAGGCGACAGCCAAAAGGGAGAUUAUUCACGUAAAUAGUAUUCUAUUUAUGUGACUUGAUUUGUGUUUACGUCCAUUUAUUUCUUGUAGAUGUAUUUUUUUACUUUUAUUAUUUUGCAUGUCACAUGGGUGAAUAAAUGCUGAGAUCUUGUAUAACGUC